CUGCGGGUCCGGGCGGAAGUGGGGCGGGGGGGGAGGGAGCGAGGCGUCACCGUUGUAUAUUCAUGAGGCGCGCGCAGCCCAGCAUGUAAAUGAGGCGGGGCGCGGCGGCCGGCUAAGAAGGCUGCUGGGCGGCGGCGGUGGUUGCUGGCUCGGGGCAGCCCGGCGCGAGUGGCGUAGACCAGGGCUCACUGGCCGGCGCUAACCGGGACAUGGAGCCGUCCGGCGGGGGCCUGGGGCCCGGCCGCGGGACCCGGGACAAGAAGAAGGGUCGGAACCCGGAUGAGCUGCCUGCGACGGGCGGCGACGGCGGCAAACCCAAGAAAUUUACUUUGAAGCGGCUCAUGGCAGAUGAGCUGGAGAGAUUUACCAGCAUGAGGAUUAAGAAGGAGAAGGAAAAACCCAAUUCUGCUCACAGAAACUCCUCUGCAUUGUAUGGAGAUGACCCCACUGCGCAGCCAUUGCCUGAAUACACUGAUGAGCAAAUCCUAGUCUUUUUUGAGAAGAUGCUGGUGGAUAUGAACCUGAAUGAGGAGAAGCAACAGCCUUUGAGAGAGAAGGACAUUGUCAUCAAGAGGGAGAUGGUGUCCCAGUAUUUGCACGCCUCCUCAGCUGGCAUGAACCAGAAAGAAAGCUCUAGGUCUGCCAUGAUGUACAUUCAGGAGCUGAGGUCAGGCUUGCGGGAUAUGCAUCUGCUUAGUUGCCUUGAGUCCCUUCGAGUUUCUCUCAACAAUAACCCUGUCAGUUGGGUGCAGACAUUUGGUGCUGAGGGCCUAGCCUCCUUAUUGGAUAUUCUCAAACGGCUCCAUGAUGAGAAAGAGGAGAUUUCUGGAAACUACGACAGCCGGAACCAGCAUGAGAUCAUCCGCUGCUUGAAAGCUUUCAUGAACAACAAGUUUGGAAUCAAAACCAUGUUGGACACAGAAGAAGGAAUCCUACUGCUGGUCAGAGCCAUGGAUCCUGCUGUUCCCAAUAUGAUGAUUGAUGCAGCUAAGCUGCUGUCUGCUCUUUGUAUCUUACCACAGCCAGACGACAUGAAUGAACGAGUUUUGGAGGCAAUGACAGAGAGAGCUGAAAUGGAUGAGCUUGAACGCUUCCAGCCACUGCUGGAUGGAUUAAAAAGUGGGACCUCCAUUGCACUCAAAGUGGGAUGCCUACAGCUGAUCAAUGCUCUCAUCACUCCUGCAGAAGAAUUUGACUUCCGAGUUCACAUUCGAAGUGAACUAAUGCGCUUGGGGCUGCAUCAGGUGUUGCAGGAGCUUCGGGAGAUUGACAAUGACGAUAUGAGAGUACAGCUAAAUGUGUUUGAUGAACAAGCGGAGGAAGAUUUAUAUGAUCUGAAGGGACGGCUAGAAGACAUUCGCAUGGAGAUGGAUGACUUUGGUGAAAUCUUCCAGAUUCUUUUGAACACAGUGAAAGACUCAAAAGCAGAGCCACACUUCCUGUCCAUCCUGCAGCAUCUCCUAUUGGUUCGAAAUGAUUAUGAGGCUAGGCCACAGUACUAUAAAUUGAUUGAAGAAUGUAUUUCUCAGAUAGUUCUACACAAGAAUGGAACUGAUCCUGACUUCAAGUGCCGGCACCUCCAGAUUGAUAUUGAGGGAUUGAUUGAUCAAAUGAUUGAUAAAACAAAGGUGGAAAAAUCUGAGGCCAAAGCUACAGAGCUAGAAAAAAAGUUGGACUCAGAGUUAACAGCCCGGCAUGAGUUACAAGUAGAAAUGAAAAAGAUGGAAAAUGACUUUGAGCAGAAACUUCAGGAUCUGCAAGGAGAAAAGAAUGCACUGGAUUCUGAAAAGCAGCAGAUUGCUACAGAAAAACAAGAUCUAGAAGCGGAGGUGUCAAAGCUGACCGGAGAGGUUGCCAAGCUGUCAAAAGAACUAGAAGAAGCCAAGAAGGAAAUGGCUUCUCUCUCUGCUGUGGCUGUUGCUCCUUCUGUUUCUAGCAGUGCUGCUGUUCCCCCUGCCCCGCCUCUGCCUGGUGACCCUGGCAUUGUUAUUCCACCUCCCCCACCCCCACCUCCUCUUCCUGGAGGUACCUUUCCACCUCCUCCCCCUCCUUUGCCUGGAGGUGCUGAUAUACCCGCUCCCCCUCCUUUGCCUGGAGGUGCUGCCAUCCCCCCACCUCCUCCUUUGCCUGGAGGUGCUGCCAUCCCCCCACCUCCUCCUUUGCCUGGAGGUGCUGCCAUCCCCCCACCUCCUCCUUUGCCUGGAGGUGUUAGUAUACCCGCUCCCCCUCCUUUGCCUGGCGUCCCCCCACCUCCUCCUUUGCCUGGAGGUGUUAGUAUACCAGCUCCCCCUCCUUUGCCUGGCGUCCCCCCACCCCCUCCCUUGCCUGGAGGACCAGGACUGCCUCCUCCCCCUCCCCCUCUUCCUGGAGGCCCUGGCAUUCCUCCUCCACCUGGAAUGGGCGUGCCUCCACCUCCCCCCUUUGGAUUUGGGAUUCCUGCAGCCCCGGUUCUGCCAUUUGGAUUAACCCCUAAAAAAGUUUAUAAACCAGAGGUACAGCUCCGGAGGCCAAACUGGUCCAAGUUCGUGGCUGAGGACCUUUCCCAGGACUGCUUCUGGACAAAGGUGAAAGAAGACCGCUUUGAGAACAACGAACUUUUUGCCAAACUUACCCUUGCCUUCUCUGCCCAGACCAAAACUUCCAAAGCCAAGAAGGAUCAAGAAGGUGGAGAAGAAAAGAAAUCUGUGCAAAAGAAAAAAGUAAAAGAGCUAAAAGUGUUGGACUCAAAGACAUCCCAGAAUCUUUCAAUCUUUUUGGGUUCCUUCCGCAUGCCCUAUCAAGAAAUUAAGAAUGUUAUCCUGGAGGUGAAUGAAGCUGUUCUCACUGAAUCUAUGAUCCAGAACCUCAUUAAACAGAUGCCAGAACCAGAACAGUUAAAAAUGCUCUCUGAACUGAAGGACGAGUAUGAUGAUCUGGCUGAGUCAGAGCAGUUUGGCGUGGUGAUGGGCACAGUGCCCCGUCUUCGACCUCGCCUCAAUGCCAUCCUCUUCAAGCUACAAUUCAGUGAGCAAGUUGAGAAUAUCAAGCCAGAGAUCGUAUCUGUCACUGCUGCAUGUGAGGAGCUGCGUAAGAGUGAGAACUUCUCCAACCUCCUGGAGAUCACUCUGCUUGUUGGAAACUAUAUGAAUGCUGGCUCCAGGAAUGCUGGUGCUUUUGGCUUCAAUAUCAGCUUCCUCUGUAAGCUCCGAGACACCAAGUCUGCAGAUCAGAAGAUGACAUUGUUGCAUUUCUUGGCUGAGUUAUGUGAGAAUGACUACCCUGAUGUCCUCAAGUUUCCUGAUGAACUUGCCCAUGUAGAGAAAGCCAGCCGAGUUUCUGCUGAGAACUUGCAGAAGAACUUAGAUCAGAUGAAGAAACAGAUUGCUGAUGUGGAACGUGAUGUUCAGAAUUUCCCAGCUGCCACAGAUGAAAAGGACAAGUUUGUUGAGAAAAUGACCAGCUUUGUGAAGGAUGCACAGGAGCAGUAUAACAAGCUGCAGAUGAUGCACUCCAACAUGGAGACUCUGUAUAAGGAGCUAGGCGACUACUUCAUCUUUGACCCUAAGAAAUUGUCUGUGGAAGAAUUCUUUAUGGAUCUGCACAACUUUAGGAAUAUGUUUUUGCAAGCAGUCAAGGAGAAUCAGAAGCGCCGAGAAACUGAAGAAAAGAUGCGGAGAGCAAAACUAGCCAAGGAGAAGGCAGAGAAAGAGCGACUGGAGAAGCAGCAGAAGCGAGAGCAGCUCAUUGACAUGAAUGCAGAGGGAGAUGAGACGGGUGUGAUGGACAGUCUUCUGGAAGCUCUACAGUCGGGGGCAGCAUUCCGACGAAAGAGAGGGCCCCGUCAAGACAACCCUUUGAGCCCUUGGGAGGAGGAGGAGGAGGAGCCCUCUAAGUUGUCAACAGGAAAGCUGGGUGUGCAGUCACAUCUCUGCUAGCCUCGGAGCUGACCAAGGAUGAUGCCAUGGCUGCUGGUCCUGCUAAGGUGUCCAAGAAAAGUGAAGGAGUCCCCACAAUCCUUGAAGAAGCCAAGGAGCUGGUUGGCCGUGCAA